GAAAGGGAGAUAAUUAGAAUCGACAAAUAUGGCUGAGCUAUGUGUAAAAUUUGUUUCACAGAAAAUAAGCAAAGUUCGAUGGUGUCCCAGGCUUAAGCAGCCUAUGCAACAGUCACAUGUGUUUGCCACAGGCAGCUGGGAUGACGAGGAAAACAAGGUGUGCAUGUGGCACUUGAAAUGGGAUACCAACAAUAGUACUGUUUUAGAAGAGGAGGGGCCACAGGGUGAGCCUCAGCUUUUGUGUGAAGCCCAGCAUGCAGGGGAUGUCACAGAUAUGAAUUUUCUGACUCAGGAACAUAUAGCUGUAGCAUCAUCGACUGGUACAGUAGUGUUGUAUCACUACAAUGCCAAAACUCAGUAUAUAGAGCCAGUUAAACGGUGGGCAGAACUACAUACGAGUGGAGGCACACCUUGUCCAUGCACCUGUGUUGGUACCUGGGCAGAUGACAUAAUUGUCACUGGUGGGGAAGAUGGCCGUAUCACUUUGCUUUCACCUGGACACAAUGCUGCUGUAAGAAUAUUAGAUAAAGCUGACAGCUGUACCAUCAAUGGCAUAAUGUUCUUGAAGCAGUCUGAAAUUGUUACAGUCAACUCUUAUGGCCAGCUUAAGUUAUUUGACCUUCGUCAGAAUUCUGAUUCUCCAGUUCAGAUAUUUUCUGCCACGGAAGAUCAUCUGCCUUUGCUAUGUGUGGACAAGCAUCCAGGUCAGGCACACAUUGUGGCCACAGGUGGGCAGGAUGGUAUGUUGACAGUGUGGGACCUUAGGCAGCACCGCUUUCCCAUGACUCUUCUCGAGGCCCACACAUCAUCUAUGUGGGAAGUUCAUUUUCACCCAUACCAUGCAGAACAUAUAUUCACAUGUUCUGAAGAUGGUUCACUGUGGCACUGGGAUGGCUCAGCCCUGCCUUCAGUAAUUACAAUGAAAGAUAUUGAAAGUGGCAGUAACAAUGAGGGUCAUCACACUCCAUGGCUGGGUUUGGAUGCAUCACGGAACAAGCUAGAGAUUACCUCCAUCUUGCCCAGCAAAUCACUGCCAGUUAACUCAUUGAAUAUUGAUGGAUCUGUACUUGUCUGUGGCACCGACAGUGAAACAAUUUACAGUGUAAAUCUUCCACAGCUUGGCUAACAGUGUAAUGCAAAUAUAUCUUGGAAAAAACUAUGUUUUUUUUUUUGUACAAUAUCAAUAUGUAAAGACAUGUUGAAACCAAGGAUAACUUGUGGACCACUGAUGAGCAUUAGCUAAUUCAGACGGGUCUUUAAAAGAAUGCAUUUUCAUCUGCUUUGUACCUACAUUGACCUCAAGUACGUCUGUUCCCAAGGUUGCCUUAGCUCCAGUACAAUUAUACGGCUACAGCCAACGAGACCCAUCCCAUUUUAAAACAUAAUUUGGCUAAUGACCAGUUGUAUUGAUCCAGAUCACUUUUCAAAUGUGUUUGCUUUUACUCUUGCAAAACAUAGACAGGAAAAAAGUGAACACUUUUAGGAGAGCUGUGUCAGCCAAAAUUUGUAUAGGCUGGUUAAUGGUAUGGCCUGGCAGCACAACAGCCUCUAGUGUUGUGGAUUCAGAUCUAGCUACACAUGUAUUAUUUAUAAAUAUGGCACCACUUCAAAGGACUGGCCAUCAAGGUUACUAUGAGGAAAGUUACUCAAGUGGCAUUGUAAUUUAAGCAUUUGUUUUAAUGGUAGAAGUCAUCUUUAAAAAAUAAAAUCGGCUGACUUAUUUUGUUCACACUGAAUAAAACUUACAGAGACA